UUUCUUUUUUUAGAAUUUUAUUUUGAAAUAUUUAAGAAAUAUUACAACAUGGAGAUUCAGCGGAAAAAAAAUUUUAUUGGAAAGCCAUCUCCUUUGGGAUAUGUUGCUGGUCUUGGUAGAGGUGCUUCUGGAUUUACGACACGAUCAGAUAUCGGUCCUGCUCGUGAUUCAACUGACAUGCCAGAUGAAAAUGCUGCUCCUAUUGUCUCAAAAAAGAAGGCAGAUGAUGAUGAAGCUGAAGAUCUUAAUGAAUCCAAUUAUGAUGAGUUUGCUGGUUAUGGAGGAAGUUUGUUUACAAGUGGUCCCUAUGAAAAAGAUGAUGAAGAAGCUGAUGAAGUUUAUGAAAACAUAGACAGGAGAAUGGACGAUAAACGCAAAGAAAGAAGAGAAAAGAAGUUUAAAGAGACAGUAGAAAAAUAUCGUCAAGAGAGACCUAAAAUUCAGCAACAGUUUUCGGAUUUAAAGAGAAAGCUAGCAGAAGUUGGUCCUGAGGAAUGGGCGUCAUUACCUGAGGUGGGUGAUUCUCGAAAUAAAAAAGUUCGAAAUCCAAGACCUGAAAAAUUUACACCUGUUCCUGAUAGUGUCCUUCGUUCUGCACUUUUAGCUGGUCAAACAACAACCUCUGUCAACCCAAUGGAUCAAUUUGAUGGUUUGACCACACCUUAUUCUGGCCUGGCAACACCUGCUUCUGGUGAUCUUGACCUGAAUAAAAUUGGUGAAGCAAGAAAAUCUCUUGUUGGUGUUAAACUAGAUCAGGCUUCUGAUUCUGUUACUGGUCAAACUGUUGUUGAUCCAAAAGGUUAUCUAACAGAUCUUCAAAGUUUAACCCCAAGUUCUAGUGGUGACAUUGGUGAUAUUAAAAAAGCCAGACUUUUGUUAAAAUCAGUCAUCACAACCAAUCCAAAGCAUGCACCAGGUUGGAUUGCAGCAGCGCGUCUUGAAGAAGUGACAGGUCAUACACAAAAAGCUAGAAACUUAAUUAUUAAAGGAACAGAAGCAUGUCCGACAAGUGAGGAUGUUUGGCUAGAAGCUGUGCGUUUACAACCGGUAGAUUUGUCCAAAGCAGUUGUUGCACAAGCUAUUAAACAUCUUCCACAAUCAGUGCGACUUUGGAUUAAAGCUGCGGACUUAGAAACAGAAGUUACUGCUCAAAAAAAAGUUUUCAGAAAAGCAUUGGAGCAGAUUCCCAACUCAGUCCGAUUAUGGAAAGCUGCAGUAGAAUUAGAAGAGCCGGCUGAUGCUCGUAUAUUGUUAACGCGUUCUGUAGAGUGCUGCCCACAAAGUGUUGAGCUUUGGCUUGCUCUAGCUCGAUUAGAAACUUAUGAAAAUGCAAGGCGAGUUCUAAACAAGGCACGUGAAAACAUUCCAACGGAUCGUCAGAUAUGGAUUACUGCAGCAAAAUUAGAAGAAGCCAAUGGAAACACUCCACUAGUUGAUAAAAUUAUUGAAAGAGCUGUCUCAUCCCUUGCUGCAAAUACAGUGGAAAUCAACCGUGAAUUAUGGAUAAUUGAUGCUGAAGAAGCUGACAAAGCAGGUUCUAUAUACACUGCCCAAUCCAUUAUAAAAACUGUUAUUGGUGUUGGAAUAGAAGAUGAAGAUAGGAAACACACAUGGCUAGAAGAUGCUGAAUCAUGUGCAGUUCAUGGUGCAUAUGAAUGCGCUCGUGCUAUUUAUGCCUACGCGUUAAAGACAUUUCCAAAUAAAAAAUCAAUUUGGUUUAGAGCUGCGUAUUUUGAAAAGUCUCAUGGAACAAGAGAGUCUUUGGAGAGUCUUCUUCAGAAUGCUGUUAAACAUUGUCCAAAAGCUGAAGUUCUUUGGUUGAUGGGUGCCAAAUCAAAGUGGAUGGCAAAUGAUAUACCUGCAGCUCGCUCAAUUCUUGCAUUAGCAUUUCAAGCAAAUCCCAACAAUGAAGAAAUUUGGUUGGCUGCAGUUAAACUUGAGUCUGAGAAUAAUGAAGAUGAAAGAGCUAGACGGUUGCUUGCUAAAGCUAGAAUGAGUGCCCCUACUGCUAGGGUAUAUAUGAAGUCUGCGAGGCUAGAAUGGGUUCUUGGUAAUUAUGCUGAGAGUAAAGCUUUACUAAAAGAAAGUCUCUCUAAGUACGAGGAUUUCCCAAAGUUAUGGAUGAUGAAAGGUCAACUUCAUGAAGAAGAAAAAGAUUUGUAUGAAGCACAACAGGCAUAUAGAAAUGGUACCAAAAAAUCUCCCACAUCUUUUCAGUUAUGGAUAUUAUUAGCUCGUCUAGAAGAAAAACAAGGUAACAUAACAAAAGCACGUUCAGUUCUUGAGCAAGCAAGACAUCGAAAUCCACGUGUUGAUUUAUUAUGGCUUGAAUCUGUUCGAAUUGAAACACGUGGUGGAAAUAAAGACUUUGCUAAGUCAUUAAUGGCUAAAGCUUUACAAGACUGCCCCAGUUCUGGACAACUUUGGGCGGAAGCAAUCUUUAUGGAAACCAGACCUCAGCGUAAAACAAAAAGUGUUGAUGCUCUCAAACGAUGCGAACAUGAUCCUCAUGUUCUUUUAGCUGUAUCAAAAUUGUUUUGGAGUGAACGCAAACUCAACAAAGCACGCGAGUGGUUUAAUCGCACUGUUAAAAUAGAUCCUGAUUUUGGUGAUGCUUGGGCAUAUUUUUAUAAGUUUGAAUUAGCACACGGAACUGAGGCUAAUCAAAAGUCUAUAAUGGAACGUUGUGUUAAAUCUGAACCACGUCAUGGUGAAAUGUGGAAUCAAAUUGCUAAAAGCACUAAAAAUUGGCGCAAAAAAACAGACGAAAUUUUACCAAUAGUAGCGAGGACUUUGAAGCCUGUUGAAAAUAUUUGAUUGUUUUAAAACAGCCUAGGUUCUAAAAUAUUAGCGUUUUGGAAAAACGUAAUUUCAAAAAUCGGCAAUUUAAAAGGCAAAAUAGUAAAUAUAAAGUAGCAAGACGAUAAAUAUUUCAGCAGCAAAAACAAUGAAAGAAAUAAAUCCGUAUAUUACCGAUGAAACUUUUGAUAUCCGAUGAAAUUUGGAGAAAAGUGGCGAAAAUUGCAACCAUAUUUAACGCGUUUAAAUUUAAGCGAAAAGCAGUUCGGUUACAAAAAUAGAUUAA